AUGGCCUCUGAUGCUCAACCAUGUCCCCUCCAAAGGAGCACUCAUCAACAUCCACCGAAACCGCCCUACGAUGUUGGUGAGAUCAAGCAUGAGGUGCCACCAAAUUUGAGUGACAGCAAUCAUUCUCCAUUCAGUACACUCAAGGAAGUGAUCGAGUGUGUGAUAUGCGGUGAUCGAGCUUGUUCUCAUCUCUACUACGGGGUUUCUGCGUGUCAUGGAUGUAAAUGUUUUUUUUGGCGAACAGUGAAAACAACGGCAAAAUACGUAUGUCGUUACGAUGGAAAUUGCAAAAUAAGCACCGCUGGCCGUAAUGCUUGCCGCUUUUGUCGUUUUAAUCGAUGCUUGGCAGUGGGGAUGAAAAUUGAAUCUGUUCGAAUGGAAAAACGAAUUGCUAGCGGUGGAAACACGACGACCACCGGGUACACAAGUGGAUCGACGAGCACCCUUCGAAAGGCGACAAAGAGUGGAGCGGUGAUUCAACGUCCACCAAAGCGAGAACGCGAAAAGCGCCCGAUGAGCAGCCAUGAGAGUGAUUUUGAAGCCGAUUGGGACAUGAAAGAGUCGGAAGCGGCAAAGCGUCAACGAAUGGACAAUCGAAUCCUCAUCAACUCGCUUCUUUUAAUCGAUCGUAAUGCGAAUGAAGGCGCUGGACACGCGGCGACGGCGGCUCCUGAAACCGGGCAACCAGUGACGCUCAGGCAAGCCUUUGACAAUCCAAAACUCUUGGACAAGUACCGAAACGUGUUGCGAUUCGAUCGAAAAGAGCCAGCCGAUUGCGCGAUGUUGGCCGAUUCGGCGCGUCGCCUGUUGACAUGGACAAUGGACUGGACGAGGCUUGUGUGCAAUUUGGAAGAGGCUUUGGAUACAACGGAUAAGAUGAAACUCUUACGGAAUUGCUUCGCUCCAUUGACACUUCUCGAGCUGGGAACACAGACUCUUGUGAGCCCGGCGUCAAUCCUUUUGCUUCCUGGGCCUGGUUACAUCUACCAUGAUGGCACAAAACUCCCAGAUAAUUGCUUCUUGAACAAUAAAAUCGUCUCGAAAAUCCUCUCCUCACUUCGCACAAGACUCGUCAACAUAGCACUUGACGAAAAAGAAGUCGUCAUGCUCAAGGCGAUCAUUGUUCUCAAUCCAGAUGCCGAUUGUUUGGCGUUGCACGCGGCGGGAGCGGUGAACUCUCUGCGCACCCGGGCUCAUUCGGCUCUCUACCAGCAUAUUGUCGACAAAUCGGAUGCGCCGAAAGCGGCGGCUCGGCUAGCCAACAUUCUUCUCUUAAUCCCGAAUCUCAUGUUACUCGCGGGUGAACUUGUUGAACAUAUCAGAAUGGCUCACACGUUCUCAGCAAACUCUACGGUUUAUGAUCCUCUUCUUUAUCAAUUGUUUGGUGAUAUCUUCGAGGACUCAUCGGCUUCAGCGGAUCAACGUGGCGAAGGGCCACACUCACUGCACUCCUCAUCGUGUAGUCCGAUUGUGGAGGAGACAUGCGUGGAAAGCGCU